AUGCCCUCUCCUCCCACCACACCACGCACCAAACGCACCUAUUUGUUCGUCACUCCGACCAAGCUGGCUAUGGCGUCUGUCAUGCACAAUUGUUGUGGCAUGUCCUUUGCCAGCAUUUGCACACAGACACCUUUUUGCCAGUCAACAAUCAAGCCGCGUGCUCUUGCCAAGAGCAUGAAGAGAGUUGCCGAGCACUCUGGUAACUUUUACUACAACGGCAAGAAGGGUGCAUGUGGGAGGAAGAAGGCUGUGUCCGACGAACAGCUUGAGGAAGCGGGAGGACGGCUGGAUAACAGGGAGCUGGUGGAUGGUGAGCAAGUGUGA